CUCUUGAGGGCCUACAAAUCCAGCAUAGACCACAACAAAAGAACUGGAGAAUCUUUUAUUAAAGCUCCUUUUGCAGAGCAGAUGGAAGAAAUUUUUGGUUCGAAGCCCAUAAUGAAAAACAGCCACACCAUAACUCUAUGGGAGGAGACAACCGAAGGGCUGUCAAUGGGAAGAAAUAGUUUUCCACGACCAGAAUCAAUCGCAACAACAUCAGCCGCGUUGACUUCAACUUCCAACUCCCAGUCUGCAAUACAAAACAUUAUUUGUCCACAAGCAGAAUCAAGCAUAUCAACAUCCAGCCCAGCAGCUUCUAACAAAAAAAACAGAUUGAGUGUAAAAGAAAAAUACUAUUUAAUGAAAGAGAAAAAGGCUGCCGAAAAAAAUGAAAUUUUAAGAACCUACACAGAAGAAAAAUUGAAAAAAGUAGAUGAGGCAGAACGAGCCAAGGAAUCUCGUUUUGAAAGAAAAGAAAAGUUGCUAAGGGAAUUUUUUAAUAAACCAUAA